UCCUUAGACCUUAACGCAGAGAAACACACCUCCAUCAAAAUAUUUGAAUCCAACGGUGGAGAAUUACCCACGUGUCGGUUCAUCCCCUUUGAUCCAAAUUUUCUUGCAAAUUCUAUUUUCCUUUUCUAUCAAAUUUUCAUUUUCGUUAUAAACUCUUUACCCUGUCACACCAGAAAGAAACCCUAGUUUUCUCGCGGUUAAAAAAAAAAGAAAUUAUAUUCAUUUUUAAUUUUCAAUUUCAGAGGAUUCAGUUAGGGUUUCAAAUCGGCGACCAUGGAAUUCGGAAACCCUAAUCUUUGAAUUGGGGCUUUUGAUCUCUGCGAUGUGUGGAAUGAAUCGGGUAUUGCGUAUGUGUAAGAUCUGAGGAGAAUGCAUGUUGUGUUAUGUGUGAUGGAAUGUGUGAAAUGUGAAAAUUUGGGUGGGAAUAUGUAUGAUGGAAUGUAAAAAUUGGGUGAAUUUUGGUUGGGGGGUUUGUUUUGUUGAUUUUGUUCAUGGAAGGUAGAGAAGAUAACUCCAAUGGUGCUGCAAUUCCUAAGAAAUCGAGAUCUCUUGAUAUUAAAAGUUUGUAUAAAUCGAAAUUGACAGAAGAGGGUUCGAAGAAAAACUCGAAGAGGAAGAGUAGUAGUGCUCCCGGGGGCAGUGAUGAGACUAGGAGUAAGAGAAAGAAGGCUAAAAAAGAAGUGGUUUUGAGUAGUUUAGAAAAUGGUGAUGGUAGUGGGAAGAAGGUUGCCGAUGAAGUAUGUGAAAAAGGGUCGGGUUCUGGUGGGGGGGAUGAUUUGGGUGGACUGAAAUUGGGAGUGAGUGAAGUGUUUAAUAGCAGUAGUGGGCUUAAUGGAGUUUUGCUUGGUGUUUCUAGUGAUGUUUGUAUUCCUAAACGUAAAAGGACUUUAGUGGGGCGGAAGAAAUCCAAUCUUGGUCAAUCAUUGAAUCUGGUAGGGCAUCCUAGUAUUAGAGUUGGCGAUGAUGAUCUGGUGCCUAAGAUAGGUAGUGAUGAUUUGGGUAGGGAAGUUCAAUCUUCAAAGAGUAAUUUGAAGAAACAUUUUGAUGAAUUUAAGGAAAAUAGGAAUAGUGAUUCAAAUUCAAUUUCAGUUCAGCAUGUCACGGAGAAUGGGGAUCAUGCCCCUAAUUCUGUUGUAAAUAGUGGUCUUUCUUCUUUAAAAAAGGCAAAAAAGAAGGAUAGGAAGCGGAAGAGUCUGGCUUCAGAUAAACCUAGUGUUUCGAAGGAGGCUGAGCCUUUGAUUGAUAGCUGUACAAUAUCUGUUGAUUUGCAGGAUGAGGAUGAGGAAAACCUUGAAGAGAAUGCAGCCAGAAUGCUUUCUUCAAGGUUUGAUCCAAGCUGUACUGGGUUUUCUUCUAGUAGCAAGUCUUCUCCCCGGCCAUCAGCAAAUGGUUUGUCCUUUUUUCUAUCUUCUAGUCAAAACAUUGUUAACCGUGGCUCAAAGUCUCGGUCAGGUUCAGAAUCAGCUUCAGUUGAUACUGCUGGCAGACAUUUGAGACCAAGGAAGCAAGACAAAGAUAAAGAAAAAUCCAGGAAGAGGCGCCAUUUUUAUGAAAUUUUGCCUGGUGAUGUAGAUGCAUAUUGGGUACUGAACCGUAGAAUUAAAGUAUUUUGGCCUUUGGACCAGAGUUGGUAUUAUGGUCUUGUCAAUGAGUAUGACGAGGCACAAAGGCUUCACCAUAUCAAAUAUGAUGACCGAGAUGAGGAAUGGAUUAAUCUCCAUACUGAGAGGUUCAAACUCUUGUUACUUCGUAAUGAAGUUCCUGGACGUGCAAAAGGGAGAAGGGAUUUGACAAAACGUAGAAGGCCUGAUCAGCAAAAUGGAAGCAAGUCCGAGAAAGAAAGGCAAAGAAAAGAAGUAAUUACGAAGGAUGAUAGUUGUGGUGGGAGCUCUAUGGACUCAGAGCCUAUAAUUUCAUGGUUGGCUCGAUCUUCUCAUCGGCUUAAAUCUUCUUCUUUUCAUGGCAUUAAGAAACAGAAAACUUCGGUGACACAUCCAAGUCCAACCUCAUCAUUGUUAUACGAUGAACCUGUUUCAGGAAAGGGAAAUGCAACUAAGAGUUCAUCUAGGGAUGCUUCAAAUAAUUUUUCUUGUGGUUCUAUAUCACAAGAAAAGGUAAGUGAUAAUUUGAGGGAGAAGUCCUCAUUGCAAAGUGCCACUCAAAUUAAAGAUUCCAAACUGCCUGCUGUAUAUUUUAGAAAGCGGUAUCGAAGGCCAGCUGGAAUGUUGCCUCCUGCGCCCAGAGCGAAACACAUCAUUGUAAGUACACCUUGUUCUAUUUCCUUUGAUCAUGUGGUUGGUGGGAUUCAGAAUGUAAAACAACCAAGGGGCAGAAGGUUUGAGGGGCCACUGUGGUUCAAUUACAAUGAGGGAGUGUCAAAAAUGUUUUGGAACAUGGAGUCAGCAUCAUUCAAAUUUCACUUGAAUUUUCCUAUACGGUUGAUACUAAAUGAAGCUUUUCAAUCCGAAAAUCUGUGGCUGCUCUAUGCUGUUUUACUGCUUCGGUAUGGUACAAUUGUGACCAAGUGGCCAAGAGUUUGUUUGGAGAUGCUGUUUGUUGAUAAUGUAGCGGGUUUGAGAUUUCUAUUAUUUGAAGGUUGCUUAAAGAUGGCUGCAACCUUUGUCUUUUUUGUCCUUAGGGUUUUCCACCAACCUGCUCCCCUAGGGAACUAUGACCUGCACUUGCAGCUUCCAUUUACAUCCAUUGGGUUCAAGUUUUCCAGUCUUCACGCUAUCAAGCAGCCACUUGUGUUUGCACUCUACAAUUUCUCCAGAUUGAAGAGUUCACAUUGGGUGUAUUUGGAUUCCAAGCUGAAGAGACACUGCCUACUCAGUAAGCAGCUCCAUCUAUCUGAAUGCACAUAUGAUAACAUCCAGGCACUUCAGCAUGGAUCAAAUGAGUUCACCACAGCUUCCAUCAGCCGGCCCUCGUCAGUCAAGGUCAUGAGGAAGAGGAGUAGGCCAGGGAUUAACAUCAUGGGUCUUUCCAAAGUGUCCUCUCAAGUUAAUACUCAUCAAUCUUCUGAUUCUGGCAAGAGGAAGCUUCCUCCAUUUGCUCUUUCAUUUGCUGCUGCACCUACCUUUUUCCUCUGUUUGCAUCUUAAGUUGCUGAUGGAGCAGUCAACAGCUCAUGUAGGCCUUUGUAAUCAGGAAACAACAGAUGGUCAGGAAGAUUCUGGUUUGGUCACUGAUGACUAUUCUAACAUUGAUGAUUGCUCUAACAGGAGUUCAGAAAUUAUUCUGCAGAAAGAUACGACGACUUUGUCAAAUGAUGCUACAGGUGAUGGAUGGUCCUGUCCUGGGUUAGAUCCUUUAAUGGAUCCCUCUGCUUGUGGUGAUCAAGCAGUCUCUCAAAAUGACCAGAGUAUUGGUCUUCAAGGUACUGGAACUUCUAUUUCCCAUGGUUCUGAGGGGCUUGGUAAUACACGCUCACGAGAGUCACAAUCCCAUCAUUCAGCCCCAAAGCUAGGAUCUUUACCUUCAAAUUCUUUAAUACACCAGGAUAAGGUGGAUGGAGGUUCUCAUUCUUUUAAUGGUGAUCUCCGUGUCCAGAUUCCUUCAGUUGAUGAAUUUGAGAAGCCUAAUAAUGCUCAACAGUCUCCUGAUUUGUCUUGGAAUGUAAAUGGAAGUGUUAUUCCAAGCUCCAAUCGAACUGCUCCAAGAAGUUCUUACCGGAGCCGGAAUAGUUCGAUGUCAUUGGGAUUCCAGUCACAUCUGUGGUCUGAUGGCAAGCCUGACUCUCUUUACAAUGAUUUUAGCAGCGGACCUAAAAAGCCACGUACACAAGUGUCAUAUUCAGUGCCUUUUGCAGGGUAUGAGUUAAGUUCAAGGCACAGAGGCCAUAAUCAGAAAGGGCUUCCUAACAAACGAAUUAGAAAGGCUAGUGAGAAGAAGUCAUCAGAUGUUACUAGGGCCCCUGAAAAGAAUUUUGAAUGCUUAUCUUGUGAUGCAAAUGUGUUGAUUACAGCUGGUGAUAAAGGGUGGAGAGAAUAUGGGUCCCAUGUUGUAUUAGAGCUGUUUGAUCAUAAUGAGUGGAAACUCUCCGUGAAAGUUUUAGGAGUUACAAGGUAUUCCUACAAAGCACUUCAGUUUAUACAGCUUGGAUCAACAAAUCGUUAUACACAUGCAAUGAUGUGGAAAGGAGAUAAGGAUUGGAUCUUGGAAUUUCCUGACAGGAGUCAGUGGGCUCUAUUCAAGGAGAUGCAUGAGGAAUGCUACAACCGGAACCUGCGUGCUGCUUCAGUUAAAAACAUACCUAUUCCUGGUGUUCACUUGAUAGAAGAAAAUGAUGAUAACGGGUCUGAGGUAACUUUUGUUCGGAGCUCUAUGUAUUUUCAACAGGUUGAAACAGAUUUUGAGAUGGCUCUGAAUCCAUCCCGGGUUCUGUAUGACAUGGAUAGCGAGGAUGAGCAAUGGUUUUCGAACAUUCAAAAUUCUGAUAAGUACAACAGUGACUUGAAUGGGAUCACGGAGGAGAUGUUUGAGAAGACAAUGGACCUGUUUGAAAAGGCUGCAUAUGCUAAGAUGCGUGAUCAGUUUACACCACAUGAAAUAGAGGAACUCACGUUUCACGUUGGGCCUUUGGGUUUAGUCAAGAUCAUUUACGACCAUUGGCUCCAGAGAAGGCAGAAGAAGGGAAUGGCUUUAAUACGACACUUUCAGAUGCCUAUGUGGGAACGAUAUCAACAGCAACUGAAGGAGUGGGAAGUAGCCGUGACUAAGAAUAACAUUGCUUCUAAUGGAUGCCUGGACAAGGGUGCAACUUUGGAGAAGCCAGCCAUGUUUGCUUUCUGUCUGAAACCAAGAGGUUUGGAAUCACAGAACAAGGGAUUAAAACAUCGAUCUCAAAAGAAAAUAUCAGUCUCUGGGCAUACAAACAGAUUUCGAUAUCAUGAUGGUUUCCAAACUAAUGGAAGAAGACCAAAUGGCUCAGCAUUUUCUGAUGAAAGGUAUCCAGGCCAUAGUUAUGAUUCUUUGGAUGAUUCUCCAGUGCCUCUGACAUCACCAAGAGUAUUCUCCCAACGGGAUACUGCCAGCAUGAAAUAUUAUUCUAUGAGCAAUGAUGUAUACUACAGAAAUCAUAUGCAGAAAAUUAACAGGAGCAAGUCCAAGAAACUUGGGUCAUUUACGCACAAUAAUGAUUCACAUACACCAGCUUCUUACAGCCAGAGACUGCCAUCGUCGUCAGCUAAAAGAAAUGGGGUUAGAACAAACGUGGUCAAAUAUGAGUUACCAGGUCACAGGAAGUACGUACCAGAUAGCCCUCAGAAGCAGUGGAUUGAACAACUGAAUGGUUCAGACCUAGAGGAGUUUAGACGGCGUGACUUAGUAAAUGCUGCUCAGCGUGCACGCAAAAUAGCUAAGUUAAAGAGAGAGAGGGCUAAAAAAUUGCAUUCUAGAGCAGAUGUAGCAAUUCACAGGGCCAUGGUUGCUCUUAUGAUUGCUGAAGCAAAGAAGGCUUCCGAGGAAGAGGUUGGUGAAGGUAAUAAGAACCAAUAGCCGAGGCUCUGAUAACUUCAAUAAUUGUUCGUCUGAAAACGGGGCUGCGGCAAGGAGAUUUUGUUGCUGCGAAGUUCAUCUCCUUGGCGUAGUCUACCUGAACCUUUUUUUUUUCCAGCUUGAGAUCUGCUUUUGUUCAGAUUUACUGUUGCAUUGAUCUCAUGGUAUAGGUCUUUUGAAUUUUUGGCUACCUAUAUUUGUACAGAUUCCCCCCCUCCCCAAUUUGGCGUUUGUGCCCUCUUUCCUGCUCCCUACCCUUUUCAGUUUCAAAUAUUCAACAUGAAAAUAGAAAUUGGCCAAAUAAUACAACAACAGUUUGAACGGAAA